AUGGUCAGCACGGGCGACCUCAUCAUCAGUGAGAGCACAGGCACUUCAGGGAUCAUCCCAAAGCAGAAGCCCACGGUUUGGAAAGCACAACAACCGGCGGCGGCGGAGCUGGAUGUAGGGAUGUGGGCGAUCCAAGCGGCGAGACACGGCGACACUAAAGAAGGACUUCCGAGGCAUAUGCGAGCCGCGUGGUUUGGAACAAGAACAGAGCUUCGAGUGUUUGAUCACUGGGCGGCGGACCGGUUGCGGAAUUUGAAAACGCUCGCUCAUACACCUUAUAGCGCUGCUGCCAGCAAAGCAAGGCGCAUUCAAACUCUGUCCGCGUUCAAGAUUCACGGAUUCCCAUCGGACAGCGCGGUCGCAUACCCUUUGUUUACCGCUACUCGGCAGCUCAUUGAAGACGCCGCACCGACUAAUCCGACACUCCAUCUCUCCAUCACGUGCGACGGUACUAAAGCAAUCAGAGAGCUCUGCAUCGAUCGAACGGCAAAAAGGCUGCCGACCAAGAUCUUCAAUAAGAGUACGACAGCCGAAUUGAUCUUGACGUUCGGGAUCGCAGAAAACGCCGCUGUUCCAUGGUAUAGCCGGCAGGGCGGACCUCCUUGUCUGCCCAAGAUGGAGCUCUAG